CUCCCUUCACUCAAGCUUCUCCACGCACGCACGCGCUACCGUCGCUUUGUUGUUUGUCCGUGUGUCGAUCAGUGCAGUCCGUUUGACCGCUGCUGCAGACUAUUCAAAGCGCAACCCGAGUCUAGACCCCACGAAUCUAGACCAAGAACUGAAUUCCAGCUCCAACUUUUAUACCAGACCAGCUCCUCGUGCACUAGAAGACCCGGUUUGAAACUUCUACCACGCGCCAGAACGAUCAGAGCCAUGGGGAAGGGCUGCCUCACUGCCACCAAGUACUUCCUGUUCCUGUUCAACCUCAUCUUCUUUCUGCUGGGAGGAGUGAUCCUGGGCUUCGGACUCUGGCUCCUGUUGGACAAUCAGAGCUUCAUUGUGGUCCUCAGUGACUCUAUGGCGGUGAAAGUGGCCUGUUACAUCCUGAUUGGAGUUGGAGGCUUCUCGAUGCUCAUGGGCUUCGUGGGUUGUUUGGGAGCCAUCUACGAAGUCCGCUGUCUGCUCGGCCUGUACUUCACCUGCCUCCUGCUGAUCCUCAUCGCUCAGAUCGCAGCCGGAGCUCUCAUUUACUUCCAGAAAGAUGUGCUGGAUGAAGAGAUGUCAAAGAUCGUGAUCAAAGUCCUGGACGGUUACCCUGGAAAUAACACCACAACAGAGCAGGCCUGGGACUUCAUCCAGAGGACUAUGGAGUGCUGUGGCUGGUCGGGGCGUCAGGACUGGUAUGGAAACCCAACUAUCGUGAACAAUACUCUGCACUUCCCCUGCUCCUGUCAGAACUUCUCCCUCUCCUCCGCCAACUCCUCUGACUACGGCUUCUGCCCAUUCACCACCAACGAAUGGCCUGCGUACGAAGCGGGCUGCUCUGAGAGUGUGGAGGCCUGGCUCAGGACAAACAUGUGGGUGAUUCUGGGCGUGUGUCUUGGAGUCGCCUUCAUCGAGCUGCUGGGGAUGAUUCUGUCCAUCUGCCUAUGCAAGAACGUUGGUGUCGUGGACUACACUAAAGUGCCCAAGUACUGAGUCCAGACUAAGUCCAGACAGAGUCCUGAGACUGGACCAGACCAGGACUAGACCAAGACCAGGGACCAAGACAGACCUGCCCCAUAUAAAAUAAUGUGUCUUUAUAUAUUUUCCUCUGAUUGGUUUGACCAGUUUGGAGCACUUUAGAGAGAGGAGGUACUGCGGAUCCGAGCCAUGCUGAAUACGUGAAAGGUGUACUCUGUUACUAUGGUUACAAUGGUGUGAUAGGGCCACAAAACUACAAAAAACAUUUUAUGAAUGCAUGAGUUAAAGGUGUACUAUGCAACGUUUCUGGUAGUUGGUUCAGAAGUUGAGUAACUCCUUGGACCUAUUAUUUCUUUGACUAAAAUGUUCCACAUUAUGUUUACAUAUUGUUUUUGAACAAUAAAAUGACUGUAAUGGAAUAAAUGCAUUUAGACAAGUUUAACACCUCCAUUGAAAAAAGUUGCAUAGUGCAUCUUUAACACUACAAGGCAAAUAUGCUAAUCUGUACAACUAUUAUUUCUGUAUUUGUUUUAAAGAAUUCUAACUACAGUUGAUCAGAGACUGUUACAAUAGUUAAGUAAAUCAUUUCCAUUAAUUUUCCUUAUAAACCCUUCAGUACUGGCUCUGUUUACAUUUACGUCUGAUUUCUGGAGUUAUCCCAUUAUUGAAACGUGCUAGCAGCUAGCUUGCCAAGUGUAUUUCCUGAUCCUCAAAAUGAAAUGCUUUAUGAUUACUUGCAGACAGCACGCAGCUGACUUAUUUUGACCUCAAGAGCUCCUUAUACAGUAUAUCUGUACUUGGGCAAGCCAAAUUGGGCAAGCCAAAUGUGAAAACAUUACUAUUACUGACACACAAUACUUGGGAUGAAGUCUAUGGCUAUUCAUUCAGCAGUUACUUUUCAGUAUGGCCCUAAACACCAUUGUAAACUGUACAUUGUAAAAUGGUAAUGCAUGUGGUGCUCAAAUGGUACGAUUCCUGACAAGAAUGAUGUGUCCGUAGUGAACUGGACCUGCAGAACUGGAAACAAAAUCCUUGUUUUGUUUUUUGUUUUUUGUUUUUUUUUUUAACUUUUGUAAACCGUUGAGUUCCUGUGAAAACUUUUUAGUAUUUUGUACAUAAUUUUAGUUUGUGUGAAUUUUUUCCACAUUAAGGUCAGUGUUUACGUCUUCUAUACUUUUAAAACCACUCGCUUCCUUGCAUUCCUUUUUUUGGUUCUAUUUUAGUUUUAACAAUGCACUAAAUAGAAAUGGGAUAUUAAAAUUCAUCCGAGCCUUUGUUAAGCUGAAAAUGUUAAGGGAAAUUAAAUGGGUAAAAAGUUUAAAAGUUUGAUUAAAGGUGCACUAUGGAACUUUUCUGAUAGAGGAUACACCACCUGCUCGUCUCCGUGGAGAUAUUAUUGCUUAGCUUAUAUGUUCCUGAGUGUGGUAUUAAACUUAUUAUUCACUAUGGAAACAAGCAGGUAGCGCCACUAGGUUAAGUUCCAGGUCAGAUUUGUGGAGAGGAGAGCCCAAUCACAUUUAGGAAUACUUGUUUUUUCAAGGUAAGCUAUAAAAACAACUAUAAUGGAAUAAAUGCAAGCCUUAUUUGAAACAUUCCAGUUAAAGGAAUCCAUGGAGACCAGAAGUUAGCAUACCAGCCACUAGAAGUUUCGUAAUGCACCUUUAAAGAAUAGUUGGUGGAGUAAAGACAAAUUGUACAUUUUAACCAUAGCGGAUGAGCCAUACUUUUUAAUUGUACAAAAGCCUGUAUAGUGUGAAUGCCGCCUUUGUAAACUUCACUUUUUCAGUUUAAAAUAAUGGAUUCUGAAGCUGGAAUUUAUGCGUGUACUCACAAAAUUCUAUUACAAUUUGUCAAUAAACCGAUUCGUUUGAAA